AUGAAUUCUGGUAGCGAUACACAGGAGUCAGUGGGCGAAUACCCGGUAAAAAAGCGGUUUUUCAACGAUGACCUCGAUACCAAUCGCGAAGAUCCAGACGAGCACCUGGAUAAUCAGGAUUCGUUGCUGUUUCAGACUCCGAUUCAGAUCGGGUCCAAUGAAUCAAGUAAUAAUUCAAAUGAAGUUAAGGAGCUGCAGGAAUUGAUUUUAGGAUUGUCCGACGCAGACGCGUCGAAACUGCUUGCCAACACGGAUCCUAAGGCCGACAAGAGCACAAGGUUAUCUGAUGCCGUAGGCGUCUACUUUGAACAACAGCUAUCGAUUCGCAAACCUAAAAGUAACUCACCAAAAACAUUCGAAACCUCCUGGCAGUUUCCGUGGAAAAAAAACAGAAAGCGUACCGAACUCGAUCAAAGCGAAAGCUCUACAAAAAAGCCUCGAUCAUCAGUCGAGUGGAGACGGUUCAUAGGCUCAGUCCAAGUGACAGCUUUGGCCACGCGUCCUACUGCUAAACCGCUCAAAUAUGGAGGCAAACUGACGAUCAAACAGAGCAGCCCUGAAGUUUCGUCAAAACUGUACUAUUCCAAUGGUCGCAAAAGAGCUUCGAUGGCCAAUUUCGUGCGACUCAUUGACAUUGAGCUAGGGCGCGAAGUCGGGCGUGUCCCUGAGGAAAUAGCCACCAUUUUGUUCCCUUUUAUUGGUUCCAAUGAGUUGAAUUUUGAGAUAACUAUGAUCUACUGCAAUAAUAAAAGACUAAGCGUUGGAGAUUCCUUUAUUGUACAGCUCGAUUGUUUUUUAACCUCGGUCGUAUUUGAUUCAAGUCUCAAUGGUCGAGUUGCUAGUAAUACCUCAAGUCCAGAAAAACGUGGUUUCUCGCAAAACGUAAUAGAAAGCGAAGAGGAGUUGCGACAAAAAGGUAGGCGGCUCGCAUUUCUAUCACUAUUUGACCGCGUUAAACUACAAUAUAUGUUAUCUGAAAAUGAAGGACCUACUGAAAACAUUUCUGACACUACAGAAGUGAUUGACCUCGACGAGGAUGAUGUCGAUGCUUAUGAGACUGACGUAAGUGAUUUCAUAAAACCAACUCAAAUCCAAGAAGAUGUCCUGAACGUGAACCAAUUGAAAUCACUUUAUAAGGCUACAUUGUCGAUGGAAUCACUAAAAAACCUACCUGAAACAGACCCCAGCCCUGAUGUUUUCAAGCUGACCCUGCGACGGUUCCAGAAGCAAGGUUUGACUUGGCUACUGCGAAGAGAGAGGGAAUUUGAUGAAAGUACGAGCUUGUCGUCUGAAGAAGAUGUUGAUGGUGAUAUGAUGAACCCACUUUGGAAGCAAUUCAGAUGGCCUAAAGAUCUCUCCUGGGAAGCACAGAAAAAGCGGCCCGCAGACUUGAAGUCAAAGAAUGAUGACGAAUUCUUUUACGCGAAUUUGCAUACGGGAGAAUUUUCCCAAACUAAGCCAAUUCUAAAAUCGUUGGUAAAAGGCGGUAUUUUAGCAGAUGAAAUGGGUCUCGGAAAGACCAUAUCUAUGUUAUCCCUAGUACUUUCUGUACCACAUGAUAAGAAGUAUAACUGUUCAGAGCAAAUGGGGGAAAGCAAUACCCCAUCAAUAGACUUGCAUAUGUCUGAUUACGUCAAACCAUAUGCUUAUAAGACAACGCUUGUAGUAGUUCCAAUGUCAUUACUUUCACAAUGGCAGCAUGAAUUUGAAAAGUCAGUUUCGAGUCCUGAUAUUCAUUGUGAGAUAUACUACGGAGGUAACAAUGGAAAUGUCAGGAAAUUGCUGACUCAAGUGAAAACUCCACCCUCUGUACUACUCACGACAUAUGGGACGGUUCAGCAUGAAUGGAGCCGACUAACCAAUAAAACAAGCGGGCAAAUUGAGCCCGACGAUAUGGGCCUUUUCUCUGUGGAGUACUUCCGGGUUGUACUGGAUGAGGGUCAUACCAUUAGAAAUAGAAACACGAAAACUUCCAAGUCACUCAUGGAUCUCUCGAGCGCGAGACGUUGGAUUUUAACCGGUACUCCAAUCAUCAAUCGACUGGACGAUUUAUACAGCAUGGUGAAAUUUUUACGGCUGGAGCCUUGGUCUCAAGUAGGUUACUGGAAAACAUUUGUAUCUGAACCUUUCGAGAAGAAAAACUAUAAAAGUGCGUUUGACGUCGUCUCUUCGAUCCUAGAUCCAGUGCUGCUGCGUCGAACUAAGCAGAUGCGCGAUGUUGACGGCAAUCGGCUUGUUGAGCUUCCUCCAAAAGAGAUAAUUGUCGAAAAAGUCAGUUUUAAUAGGCAUGAAGAUGCACUUUACAAGUAUUUCUUGAACAGAGCAGAAAGUUCCGUGAAAGAAGGACUUGACCGCGGCGAUCUGCUCAAGAAAUACUCCACGAUUUUGGUUCAUAUCUUAAGAUUGAGACAAGUCUGUUGCCAUGCGGACUUGUUAGGGUCUCAGGACGAGAACGACGAGGACUUAGCAGGCAAUAAGAUGCUUCGAGAAAGUUUCAACGCCAGCAAGGCAGUAUCGAACGAGUACGAGACCAAAGCUUUGGUAAGUGACGAAGAAGUUCAAGAGAUCGUUGGUCGAUUGUACGAAAAGUAUCCUGACCAAAACAAAUUUAGAGACCUUGAGUGUUCUAUCUGUACUUCUGAACCUAUAGACCCCGUUACCCAGACUGUCUUUACGGAGUGCGGUCACCCGUUUUGCGAGAUGUGCAUCUUAGAGUAUGUUCGUUUCCAAUCAGAGAGACAGCAGGAAAUAAAGUGUCCCAAUUGCCGGUCGAAGUUUGACCCAAAGCGCCUAACAACCGUCAAGGAAUCUAGCGAGGGGGGGCUAAGCUUAGUUCUAUAUGACACCGGCUCGAAGUCCUCGAAGAUUACGUCCUUAAUGAAGAGCCUAAAGAGACUACAAGACGCGUGCCCUGGGGAACAGGUUAUGGUGUUUUCUCAAUUUUCGUCAUAUUUGGAUAUAAUGGAAAAGGAACUGUGUGCCUCGUUCUCAAAAGCUGAACUCAUUGUUUAUAAAUUUGACGGCAGACUUUCGAUGAAGGAGAGAUCGAGAGUUUUGGAAGAAUUUGCAGAAAAAGACCUGUCCAAGUUGAAGGUUCUUCUUCUGUCACUAAAAGCCGGAGGAGUGGGCUUGAACCUAACAUGCGCUUCCAAGGCCUAUAUGAUGGACCCAUGGUGGUCUCCAAGUUUAGAAGAUCAAGCAAUCGAUCGUAUACAUCGUAUUGGGCAAGUCAACAACGUGAAAGUCAUAAGGUUCAUCAUGGAACAUAGUAUCGAGGAGAAGAUGCUGAGGAUUCAAGAAAGAAAGCGAACCCUAGGGGAGGCAGUAGAUGCCGACGAAGACGAACGGCGAAAGCGCCGCAUCGAGGAAAUUCGAAUGUUAUUCGAAUGA